AUGCAAUGGUUUUACAUGGAGACUAGGAGCUGUUGGAGACUGGAAAUUCCUCAGUACUUCAUGCUUGCUUUCAAUGACGAUCAUUGUGUGAUGAAGACUGAUACAAUUGAUCCAUCGCUUAUCGUUGCAUGUGGAAUUCUCCCGAAAAUCUCUCCUUUUCCUAAUUCCAUCCUUUUUCAGACGAAACUAUGUUCCUUUUCUUCCAACAGCAUCUCCUUAUCCUCCAGAAAGACCAAAACUCUUGAUGGGACAUGGAAACUCAAGUCUGCUGAAGAAGGAGAAACAUCUGUUUCCCAACAAGAGGACCCUGUUGUUGCUGAACAACAAGACUCGGUUUCUGUUCCUGUCUCUCCUUCAGACACUCUCAGAAUGUACUUCCAGGCAGAUGGAAUGUUGAAUGAAGCUGAAAUUCCAAAGGUGACCAAGGCACUAGAGGGUGCUGAAGGCGUUUCCAACUUGAAGGUUCAAGUCCUCGAGGUAUUGGCACUGUUGAGUUAAUGAAACAGACAACGGUCCAAGCUACCGGAGUUGCAUCCAAUUUGGUCGAGAUCAUACAGGGUGCAGGAUUCAAGUUACAAAUUGAAUCUGAGUUUCGAUGAUGAAGAAGACAUUCUUGUGUAGAUCUCGCAUUUAGAUUUUAAAAAAACUCGUGUCUUUGAAGUCCUGAGCUCCUUUAUUUUGAUUCAACUAUUCAAGAUGAUAUUCUUGUUAGAGAAAAAUUGUUCAAAAUGAAAAUGUAAGCCUUUGCUUUUAUAA